GUUGGAAGUCGGACUCACAGACACGGAGGCCGCUGUACGGUAUGGGGUUCUUGUGUCUUUGGACUCCACGUUCGACCACCAUUUGGUAAAACUGUUUUCCAUAGUAACAACAGUUGUCAAAAUUACUUGUCAUUGUGCUAAUUUAAACUGAAACUUACCCUGAACACUCGAUCGAAAUGCCCACCCUAUGGAAUUACCCGGACACCGCCCUUCAAGAUGAGCUGCGCAAGAUCGCCAACGCAAUAGUCACGCCGGGAAAAGGUAUUCUGGCCGCCGACGAAUCGGUCUCGACCAUGGGUAAACGGUUGCAAGAGAUCGGCGCCGAAAAUACUGACGAAAAUCGAAGAAAAUACCGUCAGUUACUGUUCACCACAUGUCCUACCAUCGGGGACUACAUUUCUGGGGUGAUUUUGUUUCACGAGACGGUUUAUCAAAAGUCCGACUGCGGGGUACCUUUUAUAGAACUGCUGAAGCAAAGGGGUAUAAUUCCAGGCAUAAAGGUCGACACCGGAGUUGUACCGUUGUUCGGGGCGCCGAACGACGAAUGUACCACCCAGGGCUUGGACGAUUUGGCCAAACGUUGCGCCCAGUACAAGAAAGAUGGUUGUCAUUUUGCUAAGUGGCGUUGCGUACUGAAGAUUACGGAAAAUACACCCUCUUAUCAAUCUAUAUUGGAAAACGCUAACGUUUUGGCCCGUUAUGCCUCAAUUUGUCAAGCCAAUCGAAUAGUUCCGAUCGUCGAACCGGAAAUCCUUCCCGAUGGGACGCACGACAUGGAACGGUGCCAGAAAGUCACAGAAACUGUUUUGUCGUUCGUGUACAAAGCUCUGCACGACCACAACAUUUUCCUUGAAGGGACCUUGCUGAAACCCAACAUGGUUACACCGGGACAGGCUUUCAAAGAGAAGGCGUCCCCCGAAGAUAUUGCUCUGGCAACGGUCACAGCCCUUCAACGUACCGUUCCACCGGCCGUGCCGGGUGUCACCUUUUUAUCCGGUGGUCAGUCCGAGGAAGAGGCCACAAUCAAUCUCAGCGCAAUGAACGCACUGGAGGCGAAGAAGCCGUGGGCGCUGACAUUCAGUUAUGGUAGAGCGUUGCAGGCUUCAGUGCUGAAGGCCUGGGGUGCCAAAGACGAGAACGUUAAAGCCGGUCAAAAUGAGCUGUUGAAACGCGCGAAGGCUAACAGCGAAGCGGCACUUGGCAAAUACGUGGCGGGAAGUGUUCAGGGCACAGGCGGGGAAUCCAGUUUAUUCGUCAAGAAUCAUGCAUAUUAAUAUUCGAGCAAUUCUUUUACUAUGCUUAUAUUGCGAAUUUAUUUAAUAUACAAAAUUUUGAUAGAC